CUUCUGUUCUUCUCCUCUCCAUCCCUGGCACAGGUCUCAAUGAAAAGCAGUUACUCGCACAGAGACUAAUCACGGCAGUGGAAGAGGAUGGCCGUCCACGCAGAGGGGAUCGUGGCUAUAGUGAUAUUCUACUUGCUGAUUCUGGGCGUGGGGAUAUGGGCCGCGUGGAAGAACAAGAACUCAGGGGUGUCGGAGGGCCAGGACCGCAGUGAAACCAUCAUGGUGGGCGGGAGGGACAUUGGGUUGUUUGUCGGUGGAUUCACUAUGACCGCUACAUGGGUGGGCGGCGGCUACAUCAACGGGACCGCGGAGUAUGUCUACCUGCCUGACUUCGGCCUGGCCUGGGCACAGGCUCCCUUCGGAUACGCCCUCAGUCUGGUAGUAGGUGGCCUGUUCUUCGCCAAGCCCAUGCGCUCCCGGGGAUACGUCACCAUGCUGGACCCGUUCCAGCAGAUAUACGGGAAGCGUAUGGGGGGGCUGCUCUUCAUUCCGGCGCUUAUGGGGGAGAUUUUCUGGUCCGCUGCCAUCUUGUCAGCGCUGGGGGCUACUCUGAGUGUGAUCGUGGACAUUGACAUCAACAUGUCAGUGGUGAUCUCAGCCCUAAUAGCUAUCUUCUACACCCUGGUGGGAGGGCUGUAUUCUGUAGCCUACACUGACGUGGUCCAACUCUUCUGUAUCUUCCUGGGACUGUGGGUCAGUGUGCCAUUUGCUCUGUCCAACCCAGCCGUGUCAAGCAUCAGUGUGACAGCUAAGGAGGCUGUGUACCAGACACCCUGGCUGGGUAAGAUAGACUCAGCAGACACCUGGAUGUGGAUCGACAACUUCUGUCUUCUGAUGUUGGGGGGGAUUCCGUGGCAGGUGUAUUUUCAACGGGUUCUCUCUGCCUCUUCAGCUACCUACGCCCAGGUACUGUCCUUUAUCGCUGCCGCAGGCUGCCUGGUCAUGGCUGUCCCCUCCGUUCUCAUAGGAGCUAUAGGAGCCUCCACAGACUGGAACCAGACUACAUAUGGGGCAAUUCCUCCCAAAGAGAAGGACCAAUCAGAUAUGAUCCUGCCCAUCGUGCUGCAGCACUUGUGCCCACCCUGGAUCUCCUUCUUUGGUCUGGGAGCGGUGUCUGCCGCUGUGAUGUCAUCAGCUGACUCCUCCAUUCUAUCGGCCAGUUCCAUGUUCGCCAGAAACAUCUACCAGCUGGCCUUCAGACAGUCUGCGACAGACCGUGAGAUUGUGUGGGUGAUGCGUAUCACCAUCUUUGUGUUCGGCGCUCUUGCCACCGCCAUGGCGUUGCUAACGGGGACCGUGUAUGGCCUGUGGUACCUGAGCUCCGACCUGGUGUAUGUUAUCAUCUUCCCCCAGCUGCUCAGCGUGCUCUUCAUCAAGGGAACCAACACAUACGGCUCGGUGGCCGGCUAUGUCUUUGGUCUGCUGCUGCGUAUCGGGGGAGGGGAACCCUACCUCAAACUACCCCCCUUUAUCUACUACCCUGGCUGGGUGCAACAGGAGAAGAUCCACCACCUGACUGGAGAUGUGGAGUACUUCAUCCAGCAACGCUUCCCCUUUAAAACGGUCUCCAUGCUGGCCUCCUUCCUGGGUAACGUGGCCUUCUCCUACCUGCUCAAGUACCUGUUUGAGUCUGGGACUCUGUCUCAUAAGUAUGACUUCAUGGAUGCUGUGGUGUCCAAACACAGUAAGGAGAUCAUGGACAAGACCACGCUGGUUAGUAGUGACAACAUCAUCCUGUCGGAGAUGGCGCCGGUCAAAACACACCUCAGCAACUCACUGGCGGGGACAUUUACGAACACAGAGGCUCUCAGUGACGAUGACGAGUCCAGCCCUGAGUCCUUAAACAACCACCAUGAGUAGAGACCAGGACCAGGACCAAGACCCAGAGCCAGACCUGGACCCAGAACCAAGUAGAGCCAAGGUCAGGGGUGACCAGCCCUCCUGGAGAGAUACCAUCCUGCAGAUCUUUGCUCCUGCUCUAACAUACCUGAUGCUAUUAAUCAGCUACUCAACAAGAUCUUCAACAGCUUAACCAGGUGUGCUAUAGUAGGGCUGGAGAAAAAGCCUGCAUACCCAAUAGCUCUCCAACAGAAGGGUUAGCCAGCCCUGAUAUGGAGCCUUUAACUGAGACCCAGAGAAGGUCUGUCUAGCAUCCAACCCCCUUGUAUUCUCAUCAUAUCAACCACUGACUGACUCUCUAAAUCAAACACCACCGCCAUUUUAGUUUUCUGUUUUCAGUGUCUGGUCAUGGCUGUCCCCUCCGUCCUCAUAGGAGCUAUAGGAGCCUCCACAGGUUCACACACAUGAACACGCAGGCACACACACACACACACACACACACACACACACACACACACACACACACACACACACACACACACACACUUCCUCGUUGAGUUAAUUAAACAUUACAAGACAUUUUGUUCAAAUAUCCAUGAAUGCACACAUUAUUUACUAAAGGAAAGUAUGAUAAAAAAAACACAUCGUUCUCUAUUAGUUUAUUCCCACAAAGUAACUCAGCUCAGAUGUAUAAACCAACAGGCAGGAUACAGUGGGAUAUAAACAACACCAGACUGCUCCUGUCAUACAGCACAGAGAAGAAUUCAUUAGGAGCUGUGACUUCUGUGAAUAUUACAUCAGAAGGAAGACUAACUAAUUAGGUUGAUCUGAAGAUUCUUCAUCAAAGUCAUCGUUAAUCGACAGCUGUUUGUUGAGGUCCAGAGGAGAGAGGGAAAGGGUCUAUCUAGCCAUCCAACCCUCUCGUGUUUGCAUCAUAUCAACCACUGUCUGACUCUCUGUAAAGCAAACACCACCGCCAUUUUAGUUUUCUGUUUUCAGUGCUGCUACAGUAAAUUGAGUUAAUGUAAAGGUAAGGUAAGUAUAACUGAUCUUGGUUAACCCAGAAUUGAAAUCUUACGUCAUUUCAGCUGCGUGGUUAAGAUCUGGGUCUAUAUGUGUUAGAAAUGGAAAGCUUUCGGUUUGCAAAGUCUAAGCACACAUGCGAAGCAGUAGAAGCGAAGCAGUUUAAGCACCGCCUUUUCCCAAUCCUGAUACAUUCAAAUAACCAGUGACGAAAACCCAAACACUGGAACUACUGUUGCUUGUUGUCCAAUGCAUCCAAUCCCUUCGCAAAAGAUGAUAUGGUUUACGAGCAGAUAUCUGUCCACAAGAGUUUACAGAUAACUGUCUGUCUGUCUGUCUGUCUGUCUGUCUGUCUGUCUGUCUGUCUGUCUGUCUGUCUGUCUGUCUGUCUGUCUGUCUGUCUGUCUGUCUGUCUGUCUGUCUGUCUGUCUGUCUGUCUGUCUGUCUGUCUGUCUGUCUGUCUCACUAGGGAGGUCUGAGAGGGACGCCAGCCCAGAGGGUGAUGAGAAUAGUGCAAUAUUUAAGUGUGUGUGUGUGUGUGUUUGUGCGUUUGUGUGUGUUCGUAAAAAUGUACUUAUAAUUAAUUUACUAAUAGAGCAAUAAUGAUUUUAGAGUCGAUGCUGUACAUAGAUCUAGAUAUCAAUAUCAGUCAUUCAAAACCGUUGAUUGUUUUUUAAUUAUUGAGAACAAAUAGAUUUCAAGCUCUUUUUAAAUUGUGCGCUCUUAAUCCAAUUUACACACAAUCACCAGGUACAGGUUAAAAUAUUCAGUACUAACAUUAUUUUCAUAGUAACUGGAUUUGAACAGGGUUGAAAAGCCAAAGCCAAAUUCUGUUCCAUGUUGUGCAUGUGCCAAAAUCCUCCUCUCUGCAGGUGUUGAAGUUCAAUACUGUGCUGUUGUGUUGGAGGGGAACGCUUGCUUUAUUUCACAGUCCUAUAUCAGAUUAUAAGGGCCAGGUUUUACUCAGUAUGUGUUAGUAAUAUAGGUGAACAAGCCUUUAAUGCUUUAUUAAUGGGUGUACUGGUUGAAAUUGGACCUAGCUGUGGCUUUAGGUAGUCCAUCUGCUUCCCAAAAUUACACCCUAUUACCUAUGUAGUGCACUACUUUUGGCCAGAGCCACAUAAGGUUGGGUAGUGUAGUGUAUAUAGGGAAUAAGGUGCCAUUUGAGAGUGGCCCCAUGAUGGUUUGUUCCCCUCUAAACUGUCAUUGACUGCAGAGCGGCAGCAGAGCGGCAGGGGGGCUUGUGGAGGCUGAGUUGUGAUUUCCCCUCCAGGGACCGUAUCAAUAACCCGUUGGCACGAUCAAUUAAAUUCUGCUCUGUCCAUCUGCCCUGAGGACAUUUGAUUAGUGUUUUUUAGCUGGUUAUGAGCUGAGACAGGAAAAUAACAGCAUUGGUUGUUUUGGUGUCAGUGGUUGUAGUGAUUGGAAGCAGAGCUGGUCCUAUGCUGAGUGAAUUAGCUACCUAUCUGUUAUCCCAGUUAUUACAGUUUGAUGGGUGAACACUGAGGAAGGUCUGUUGACCAAAACAUUGGUCAGAGAAAACAGAUUUGAGAUUGUGAUGGAAAUUGCAGUUAUUUGAUGUUGUUGGGUAUUUCUGUUCUCUGGUUGACUCCUCCUACUGUAUUUGCUGGUAAGGUCUGCUGGUGUUUACAGUCUUAAGUUAUAGUUUGAAUCUGUUUGAAUCUGUUGAAUUAUGCCCUUAAUAUAGGUAGUAUUGGGAGUAUUGGGAGCUGGUCUGAUGCUAUAUUCGAAGUGUCAGAGUGGAAUUGUGUGUCCAGGCAAUCUGUACAAAAUUAGAAUGUAAAGUCUCCUCUCACCUUCACCAAGGAGACAGACUCUGUGCUGUUUUAUCUUCUAUCACUGGAAAAUAUAUCAUUGUUUAAACUAAAGAAUAAGAAACAUAAUCAUGUCAGUUGCUCGGCUGGCUAUCCUAAAUGUGCUUCGAUGUUGUAAAUGGAAAUGUCUAUUUUUGUGUGAUACAUGUAUAUACCAACAAAGUCAGCAUAUGAACAAAUGGAUCAUACUUAGACAUGAUUUAUCCUUUUGGUGAGGAGAAAUAAAAGCUAAGAAUGUAUUUAUUACUUAUGCAGUGUCCAUAAAAAUGAUGGUGAUGAAUA